GUAUAAAAUAAUAUACCCAAGUCUGCGAAGCAUUAUAAUAAUAUUAUAUUAUUACUAUUAUUAUCAUCAUUAUUCCGCAUUCGUUGUCGUUUCAAUCCGCUUCGCGUCGCUAUUCUCGUGUCGUAUCGGCUCGCGUCGACUCCAUCCGUCCCGGCCGACAGUAAAUAUAAUAGUAAUAAUAAUAGUAACCGAUUAUUAGAUUAUACUUUCGUGGAGGUAUUGUACCACCUUGUAAGUUGUAUUACUGCGGUUAUUACAUCAAUUUCGUCAGCCUACUCCGCGGCGGUUCUGGUCAAUCUGUUCCCACUCGACGACGACGGUUUCCGGUUUCCGUCACUGUCGCUGUUGCUGCUGUUGCCGCCGCUCGCAUCGUGUAUUUGUCCGUUGUCGGCGUCCUGUUGGAGUUUGGUCUGUUUCGCUGCUGCGCUGGUGCCCGGCCGUCUUUUCGCCGCCAACAAUUAUUUUGUUCGGAUUUCCCGUGAAAUGGCUACGGUUAACUUGGAAUCCAUUUUACCAUGGCCGGAAUACUUUAGAAAGGUCUUGAACAGCACGAAUAAACCAGCAUUUUUGAAACCAAUUGAUGGUCCAAAACCGGAAUUUAAUAAAGAGUUAAACGAAAAAGUAUCUUUGUAUCAAGGCGACCUUACAAAAUUAGCAAUAGAUGUUAUUGUUAAUGCAGCCAACUCUAAGUUAGCUGGAGGUGGAGGAGUUGAUGGAGCUAUUCAUAAGGCUGCUGGCCGAGAACUUCAGGCAGAAUGUGCUACAUUAAAUGGUUGUAAGACGGGUUGUGCCAAAAUCACCAAAGGGUAUAAACUCCCUGCAAAGUAUGUCAUACACACAGUCGGACCAAAAGGAGAGAAUUCCGAUGAACUGCAAUCAGCUUAUCAAAACAGUUUGGAUUUAGCUGUUGAAAAGAAGUUAAGAACAAUUGCAUUUCCGUGUAUUUCUACUGGCAUUUAUGGGUAUCCGCAAGAAGAAGCAUCUAUUGUUGCCUUGAAAGCUAUAAGAGACUUUUUAGAGCAUGAUCAUAACUUGAUUGAACGCAUAAUAUUCUGUGUAUUUCUUGAUUCUGACAAAGAAUAUUAUGAGAAAUAUUUACCAUUAUUUUUUCCUCUCGAGUAAGAUUUAUGUUAUGUAUUGUAAAUUAUACUAACCUUUUUUACAGCAUUAAAAAUAAUCAUUUAUACAUUGUUUUAAUUCGUUUUCAUUUUUUUAUAUUAUCAAUAUUGUAGUGUAUUAAUACAGUAUGUUAAUUGUUUAACUUUAAAAACAUUUAAAUAUAUAUCAAUCUCAUUAAA